AUGCCCAUGAAAUGUUGUUUCCACAGGUCACCAACGACAGAGGCAGCGGCGUGGUGUGAAAACAUGGACACUCUUUUAACCAACCAAGCUGGUCUAGAGGCUUUUCGAACAUUUCUGAAAUCAGAAUUUAGUGAAGAAAACGUUGAGUUCUGGCUUGCUUGUGAAGACUUCAAGAAAACGGAAAGUGCCGAAAAAAUUGCUUCCAAGGCCAAGAUGAUUUAUUCUGAAUUCAUUGAGGCUGAUGCCCCCAAAGAGAUUAACAUCGACUUCAGUACCAGGGACCUCAUCACUAAGAACAUUGCAGAGCCCACUGUCAAGUGUUUUGAUGAGGCUCAGAAGCUAAUCUACAGCCUCAUGGCCAAGGAUUCGUUCCCGCGGUUUCUAAAGUCGGAGAUUUACAAGAAACUGGUUGAUAGCAACCAGGUUGGAAACAAUAAAAAAUGGCUCCCUUUCUUGUAG